AUGAUCAACUCAUCAGUACUUAAAAACAACCUGACCCAAGUGUCCUUCACAUUCAGUAAAGCGUCUGUGUACACAAUGUGGAUCAUUACAGCCUUGAUAACAUUGGGAUUAUGUUUCUUCUUCUACUAUGUCACAGUGAUGCUGAACGCCUUCUUCCUAACACCAGAGCUCCGGCAGACUGCUCGCUACGUUCUGUUUGUUUGUAUGCUCAUUAAUGACACAUUGUGUCUAGUCCUGGCAUUCUACUUAAACCUUGCAUAUAUAGCAUAUAUCCCUGUACCAACAUGCUACAUUGUGUACUUUGUUUCUGCAAUUACAUUUAAAGUAACUCCAUACAACCUGGCAGCCAUGGCUGUAGAGCAAUAUGUCGCCAUUUGCUACCCACUGCGACAUGCCCAGCUGUGCACCCCACAGAGAGCCAAAGCUGUUUUUACCAUUAUAUGCUUGGUGCUGAUGAUCCCACAUGUUGCUGAUUUAUGUGUCAUGUUCUUGUCAUGUCCCAAUAUAUUCAAUCUCUAUAUUAUGUGUGUAAAGGAAAAUAUGAUGGUUAAUAAAAUUCAAUAUCUUAUUAGGUCCGUUGAUCUCAUCCUGUGUUUCAGCUCUGUGGGACUUGUCCUCAUAUUUACAUAUGUAAAGAUUAUGCUGGUUGCCCUAAAAGCAAGUUCUCAGUCAUCUUCUGCCACCAAAGCCAGGAAGACAGUUCUGCUCCACGCCUUCCAGUUUCUCCUAUGCCUGGCGUCAUUAUUGAAUAUGCUUACAAAGACAUUUACUCUCGAAGUUGCUGCGCAGAUACAAUUGAUAAACUUUUUUAUUUUCACCUAUGUGCCGCGAUUUCUCAGUCCUGUAAUCUAUGGAAUCCGGGAUGAUGUACUGAGAAAACAUCUUAAGAAAUCUUUACCAAAAUGUACCUCCAUCAGGAAAAGACUUGGUACUGGCGGUAACAUAAAGAUGCAGAAGGGUGAGCGCCAAUAG